GUUUUGUAAACAAUCGGCAGGGCGGAAUUCUCUCGUGGCGGAAACAAUACCCUCGUUCAAAAAGUGUCCCACUGCACGUGGAUUAUGUGCCUAGAUUAUAAACUUGUAUAGCCCUUUUCUCACCAUGUUAAAACCUAUCCUCAACCAAAUCAAAGGAAAGCGUGUGGUACUUGCCAGCGGAUCUCCACGGCGGCAGGAGUUGAUACAAAAUUUGGGCAUCGCGAACGUUCACCUCUGCUCAUCGACGUUCGAGGAAAACCUUGACCCAGCGCAAUACUCCUUCAGCGACUAUGUAGCCAUGACGGCCCUCGGUAAGGUGCGGGAAGUGUACGAACGCCUCUCGAAGGAUGAUGCAACGCGCCCGGACGUGGUGAUCGGGGCUGACACGAUGGUUACGAUGGAUGGGCAGAUGUACGGCAAGCCAAAGACACCGGAACAUGCGUUUGAGGUGUUGAAAAAGCUCGUUGGGCGUACGCACGUUGUUUAUACCGGGGUGGUCAUAAAGUAUCGCGAGCGGGAGGUCAAGUUUACCGAAUCGUGCAAUGUACAGUUUGGUAAAGCGACCGAUGCUCAAAUACAAGCGUAUGUCGACACAGGUGAACCACUGGAUAAAGCUGGUGGAUACGGCAUCCAGGGGUUGGGUGGCAACUUUGUAGAACGAAUUGAAGGCGAUUAUUUCACCGUUGUCGGGUUGCCGAUGUACCGACUGUCGGUUGAGCUGUGUAAAUUGUUUGACUAUCAGGUAGAUUGAGCAUGAUGUUGGCAUAAAAGUCUAGACGAAGCUUUAGAGAGGCUCAACACUA